UAACAUCACAGAGUACGGUCUAGACCUGCUCUUUUAUGAGAAGCGCAGUGUGUAUAUAGCAGACAUUUAAAAAUGGUGUUACACAUGGCAGUGUGUCGGAGCCAUACUGAGUUCUUUAAUUUAAAUAAACCUGACUCCAGGUGGCUCCUCAGGAAUGUUUGUCAGCCACUUCACAGUGUUUCCCAUACAUCCCUAUCUAUCUCUAUCUAAUGAGCAGUUGGCAUUUUGCCUCUACGUCGCUACAACUUCUCGAUCAGCACUGCUCAUUACUAAAAUGCUGUGUCGGCAUGGAGAUGAGAGUUGACAGAAGUCUCUGUUGAUCUAAAACACUUAUACCCUGUACCCUGAAUGUGAUGCAAGUGUUAUUUAGCUGCUGCAGCUCAUUUCCCUCUAUAGUUUUAACGUACUGAGUAUAAUUUGAAUAAACACUAAAAAGGAGGAAGUGUUUCAUGGAAAAAACCCCCCCCCCAGCAGUAUGAAGUGUAAAUAUAUACGAAACCAUUUGCCAUUUGCCUCUGCUCUGCCUCUGCCGACUCAUGCAGAGCUUCCUGUCUAUCUAAGCCAUGGAGAGCACACAACAGAGCCAACUGUUUCAUUUGAUCAUAGUCUCCCUUCUUUUUACUUUAUAUGCAUCUGCUUCAGGCGGUCAGAUCAGACUAGCUGGGUCCGGGUCUACUCAGUGCUCUGGAACAGUUGAAUUCUAUCACAACAACACCUGGGGAACAGUCUGUGAUGAUGACUGGGACUUAUAUGAUGCUGAGGUGGUGUGCAGGGAGCUGGGCUGUGGAACGCCACUGGGAGCCCCCCAGUCGGCCCACUUUGGAAAAGGAACUGGACGAAUCUGGCUUAAUAAGGUGGUCUGUUCAGGAAGUGAAAGGUCUCUAACUGAGUGUCAGCACAAAGGAUUUGGCCAACACAACUGUGACCAUGAUGAAGAUGCUGGUGUCAUUUGUUCAGGUUUGCCGAUCAGAUUAUCUGGCUCUACUCGGUGCUCUGGAAGAGUUGAAAUCUAUCACAACAACACCUGGGGAACAGUCUGUGAUGACAACUGGGACUUAAAUGAUAUGAAGGUGGUGUGCAGGGAGCUGGGCUGUGGGAGUGCUUCUAAAUCGGCGCCGUUUGGUGAAGGAGUGGGACAAAUCUGGCUUGGUGAUGUGGCCUGUUCAGGAAAGGAAACAUCUCUAACUGAGUGUCAGCACAGGGGAUUUGGCACUCACAGCUGUUCACACAGUAAGGAUGCUGGUGUGGUCUGUUCAGGUGUGCCGAUCAGAUUAGUUGGGCCUACUUUGUGCUCUGGAAGAGUUGAAAUCUACUACAACAACAGCUGGGGAGCAGUCUGUGGUGACAGCUGGGACAUAAAUGAUGCUAAGGUGGUUUGCAGAGAGUUGGACUGUGGGAGGGCACAGAGUGCCACUCAGUCAUCCUACUCCAACCGAGUCUGGCUUAAUGAGGUAAACUGUUCAGGAAGUGAAAGGUCUCUAACGGAGUGUCAGCACAGAGGAUUUGGGAGUAGCAGCUGUUCAAACAGAAAGCACGCUGGUGUGGUCUGUAAAGCAAUCCUCCCAAAGCCCAGCAUCUACAUAAAUCCUGGUGGUGAGGUUGCCUGGGGUCAGAACACCGGCAUCACUUGUUCAAUAUCAACUCAAACUCAACAGCUUUUACUUGGAACGUUCACUCUGAAGCAGACCUCAGGCUCAUACAGUCAGAACCAAACAGUAAAAACCAACUCUGCCACCUUCACCCUUAAAGUGGACUUUGAUAAAGAGGGAUCAUAUCAGUGUCAGUAUUAUCAACACUCCAGCUCCCCCCUAAGUGAUUCUGUCAAUCUCUCUGUUGCUGUGCCUCUGCAGCAGCCCAGCAUCUACCUGACAUUUUCUAACAGAGAGCUGGUCUGGAGUCCUGAAGUUGCAGAGGUGACAUGGGGUUACAGCUUUGCUUUCACCUGCUCCAUUAACUCCAACAGUCCUGGAGGUGUUUUCUCUCUCAUCUUCUCUGGCUCCAAUAUCACCAACACCAAGCCAGCAGUCAAGGGAUCAGCAUCCUUUAACUUCCCUGUAGCUCAGUAUGAACACCAGGGAAACUACAGCUGUGUGUAUGAACUCACACUCUCCUCAAGGAAAUUCACCUCUACCGAAGCAACACCAAUUAGUAUUAUCAUUAAAUUCCCUUUGUUGCUGCUGGUCUCCUCAGUAGCAGGUGGGGGUUUGCUGCUGCUCCUGCUGGUCUUGGUGGUGGUCUGUCUGGUCCUCAGGAGAAGACGACAAACAAGGCAGCCUGGAACCCUGGUCCAAACUAAAUUGAGCGUCAGGAACACUCAUCACGAUGAGAAAGAGGGGGACUAUGCGGAAGUUUAUUCACUGGCCACCAAGAGGAAACAGAGAGAGCGAGAUGAAGUGGAGGUUGAAGAUGAUUACAAUUAUGGGGAAGAGAUUACAGACAAUCAAAUACAUGCUGCAAAGGUUUUUGAUAUUACAGUGGACAACAGUGUGGGACAAGGAGACGAAGAAGAAACCUGGGAUGAUGAAGAUUACUACGAAAAUCUAACCCAGCCAUUUACUGAACAUGUUGCGGAUAUUUAUGUAGAAUGUGAGGGUAUUUAUCAAAACCUUUAAAUUUUCACUGGUCAACCGAGGUUCUCCUCAUUGGCACCAAAUCCACUUUGACAAAAUCUGUUUCCCCCUCCCCUCAGGUCAAGAGUCUGGGUGUGAUCCUCGACAGCACACUUUCAUUUCAAGCUCACAUAAAUAAUGUAACUCGGUCUGCAUACUUCCAUUUACGUAACAUUAAUCGCCUCUGACCGUCUCUCUCACCCACCAGUACAGCUAUUCUCAUUCACACACUGGUCACAUCCCGCACUGAUUAUCGUAAUUCUCUUCUCGUUGGUCUUCCUCUCAAAUCCAUACAUAAACUUCAACUGGUUCAGAUCUCCGCUGCCCAGAUCAUCACCAGAACCCCUUCUAUUAAUCAUAUUACUCCUGUCCUUCAGCAGCUUUAUUGGCUCCCAGUUAAAUACCACAUUGAUAUCAAGAAUCUGCUCCUGACCUUCAAGGCCAUUCACAACCUCCUUCAUAACACACCCCCCCGUACUCUUACAUCUUCUUCUUCUAUUCAGCUCACUGUACCUCCUGCUCGUCUGACCACCAUGGGAUUCAGAGCCUUCAGCUGCUCUGCCCCUCGUCUCUGGAACUCUCUUCCACCAGACAUACGUAACAUUGACUCGCUUUCCAUUUUUAAAUCCCGCCUGAAAACAUAUCUUUUUAAACUGGCAUAUCCCACGUGAUCAUUCUUUCUCAAUCUUUGUUUCCAGUUGUUACGUACCCUGAUUUUAUCAACACAUUCUCAUCUCAAUGCGUCAUAACUGACGCUUUCAGACAGCGUGACAAAGCGUAAGGAUUUUACGCUAAAGGUACCCUUCAGCGUCCGUAUGAAACGCCCGUUUCCUACGUUGCAGCGACACAAGGGAGGCUAACCCUACCUGUUAGCACAUCGGCCAUGAGGCCAAAUACCUACGCUUUGUCACUCUUUCUCAAAUCAUUGGUAAAUGACGCCCUGAGAUGAGAACGGGCUCGAUUUUAUGCACGGUAAUUAUAGUUGUUAAUUUUAUUGAUUUAUUGUUGUACUGUUUUAUUAUAUUUUGUGAGGUGACCUUGAGUGUUCAGGAAGGCGCCUAUAAAUAAAAUGUAUUAUUAUUAUUAUUAUGGUUAAUAUUAUUAAAUGUGCCACACUGAUUAUCAUGGACAAAGGACUCAACUAGUGACCAAGCUUGGAGACAGACCUUGGAGGUGCCAUCCUUUCAUAUGAGUAUCACUUUACUGUUCAUGUGGUCAAAUAUUUUUGGGAUACAUUAUAAGUUAGGUAAAGUAAAUAAGUUGUGUAGUGUUUAGUGUAGUAUAGUGUAUUUUGUGAAACUGUUAAGUAACUGUCAAACAGCUGGGGCAGCGGUCUGUGUUUCAAUGAUGCUCAGGAAAAGGCAAAGAAAUAGUACAAAUGUAGCACAUUUACACUUAAAAUUUAUACGCUUCACAUUAACUUUACAUUAAACUGCUUACAGCAACUAACAAUUUGAGACGCAUUGAUGUAUUGACCAUUUUUAAGAUCUAUGUAAUCCCUGGAGUCAGAGUGACUCAGAGGGCAAUGUGGUAUUUAGGAUGUGGGAGCCAGCCAGCAUUCACUUAUCAAGCGCCUCUAUUACAGAACCAGGUCCCAGUUCUGGAAUCAGACAUUACCACUUUUAAGGACUUAAGACUUUUCUGUUUGAUAAAGUUCUAGUUAUUUUAUUUUGUUUAUUUUAUUCAGGCUGUAUUUUAUCCAAUGUUUGUUGUGCUUUCUGUAUUUUGUUUCUGUGUAUUUUGUAAAGUGUAUUGGGUCCAUGUAUUUUGGUGAUUUUGCACUUUAAAUAAAACUUGAUUGAUUGA